UAAAUUCAUCAACAUUUCUCAUCAUUAGCAUUUUGCAAUAACAAAAAAAAAAUGGCACAACAAUUUUCAACACCAAUAAAAAUCAUGUCCUUCACAAUAUUGAUUUUAAUCAUAGCCACCAACAUGGCUAAUAGUCAAACUCCACCAAAUCAAACAACCUUGGUGUUUUACCUACAAGACAUCGGAAAAGGACUUAAUGCAACGGUUUCACCCGUUAUUGGUAUCAACGGAAGGGUUUGGUCUUACAACACAUUUGGUACAAUAUUUGUUGUUGAUGACCCCGUAAUGGUAAGUCCUAGUCCAUUUUCAACUCAAAUUGGAAGGGCACAAGGGGUAAUUACGGUAACUUCACUAGAUGGUGCAAAUGUGAAUAUAUUAUUGUCAAUUGUUUUUAAUAAUAUGCAAUAUAGUGGUAGCACUUUGGAGAUUCAAGGUACUAGUCGUCAACGUGAUAAUUCAAGAGAGCUCUCUAUUGUUGGUGGAACAGGAAGGUUUCGAUUUGCAAGGGGAUUUGCUGUGUUUGAAACUGUAUCUUUUGAUGCUCCCAAUGUUCACUCUAUUAUUCGCUUGACUAUAACUUUGGCACUACCUUGAGAAAAUUAUGUAUACUAUAUGGUUAAUAUAUAAUGCUUGUUGAUGUGUAAUAUGAAUAUGAAUGGAUGAUAUGAGACAAGCUUAUAUAUAUCAAUAAAUGAAAAAUAAAUUAAGGCAUCAUUUGAAAUUUUA